GAACAAGGAAAUUUAAUCUAUAUCAAAAUGCCUCGUAAACAAGAGAUAGUGUUUUGUUGACAGGGGACUGAAAAAUGUUUAAAAACUAUGUCUUAUAAUGUAAAUUCGGAAAGAAAGUUUCUCUAACAGACUUCGUAAAAUGGCUGCAGGAAGUUUCUCCAUAUCAAUCAAAGGUUCGGAUGCGGACUUUGAGUAUACAUGUACCCAGUGUGAGGGAUACCAUAUAAGGGAGGAAGCUGUCAAGUACUGUCCAGAAUGUGAGGAGUAUCUGUGUACAAAAUGUACCAACCAGCAUGGUCAGAGAAAAGCUUUUACUUCACAUAAGCUUAUAGACACAGAUGUUACAAAACGAGGGAAUAUGGUUACCAUAGCUACAAAAUGCCGUUACCAUACAAACAGAGACAUUGAGAUGUACUGUGGAACCCAUGAUAUGGUCUACUGUGCGAAGUGCAUAGCAAAGGAACAUAGGUCCUGUAAUGACGUUACUGAAAUAGAAGACAUGCACACAUCUCUCGUUGACCAACAAGAAGUACAACGUUUACAGAAUCAGACGAGCAACAUUCAAGAGCGUCUUAUUGCCAUUGAUAGUAAAACACAGAAAAACAUCGUUAGCAUUGAACAGCAAAGGGACGACGUGCUUGCCAAAAUCGAGGACACUGAGAGGAGCUUAAUAGAGCAUAUUCGGAAAUUAAAGCAUGAAGCAAUUGGCGCUCUUAACAAGGACUAUACUUCGGAGAAAGAAGACCUGAUGUAUAACACCAACAUGAUGGCAAAUUCGAAAAAGGAAAUAGAAAAUGUAAGUAGUCAGUUGCAGACAUUAACCAGUAUGGAAGCAGGACAACAGUUUGUUCAGAUGAAACUGAUACAACAGACUGUAAAUGAUGCAGUAAAGUUGGUUGAAGAACGCGAGGCGAUAGGUAGUAAAGCUUUAUGUUUUACAGAAAAUACAGAUUUGAAGACCUCCAUUAUGACAGCCACAUCUAUAGGACUUGUGAAUACAGUAAAAGAAAAUGAAUAUCAAACUGUCCGAAGAAUAUAUAAGGUGAAAUCAAAAAAGGAGAUAAAUAUCAAAAUGCAAAACGACCGUACAACGUGUUCUAUAUCUGAUGUAUGUCAGCUACAGGACGGUACAAUCAUACUGGCUGACUUCUAUAAUAAGAAGAUUAAGAGGCUUGAUAUGAAUUACAACAUCAAGGAUCACUGUGACCUAGGUUACUCUCCCACGGGUAUCUGUUGUACUGGUCAAAAUGAAGUCGCUGUAAAAAUGAACAACGGCAAGGUUCAGUUUAUAUCAGUCGGUAUUUUAUUGUAUAAGCUAAGAGAGAUAACUGUAGCAGGUGGAUACUGUUGGGGAAUGGCAAACUGUGCUGGAGAACUGUGGAUAUCUAACGGAAGUGGUGUCAGUGUCUACCGUACAUCCGGUACUCUACUGAAAACUAUUAGCCAAGAUAUCAAUGGUCAGAAUAUAUUCAAAUCGACUACUCGACAUAUGGCAGUCAGUGGGGAAACUGUUAUCGUAACAGACAACAGUGAUGGUGCCGUCUGUAUGGGAAGAGAUUGUACGGUACAAAGAGAACUGCGGGACAAAAACCUUGUUGGCACAAAAGGUGUAUGUGUAUCUAGUGAUGGAACCGUGUUUCUGUCUGGACUCCGUUCAAACAAUAUUAUGGUGUUUGAUAAGAAUGGGAAAUGCCUCGGAGAGUUGGUAGCCAAAGAUACUGGUCUGCAGGAACCAGUUGCGAUGCAUUAUGAUGGCAAAAGAAAUUGUUUAAUCGCAACAUGUGUUAAUUAUGACAAAGUAAUUAUCUUUUAUAUAUCCGAUUGACUUUACGUAUACAUUUGUACUUUCAAAGAAUUCAAAGCAACUCUGAGCUGUGCCUAAAGACAUUUAAAUAAGUUACCAAUUUGAAACUAAAGUUCAUUCUUGCAUCUUAUCUGUAAAAAGUUUGAUUUUAAGGUAUAAACAUUAUACAUAGGUAUCAAAAGUAGUCAAAACUACAAAAUAAUACAAGGGACCUCCGUAGCCGAGUGGUCAAGGUUGCUGACUUCAAAUCACUUGCCCCUCACCGAUGUGGGUUCGAGCGAUGAAUUCUUCCUAGGUGACCGCUCGUGAUCAAAUAAUGCAUGGAAGGGCACCUGGGGUCUUCCUCCACCAUAAAAGCUGGAAAAUGGCCUAUAUUGUGUCGGUGUGACGUUAAACUCAACAAAAACAAAACAAAAUAAAAAACAGCAGAAUAAUACAAGUCACUUUUACUUAUCACCUUAAAUAUUGCCAUUCGAAUCCAGUCUUAUAACUCUUUUCAUUUUUUUCUGAUCUACUGGACGCAGUAAUGUUGUCACUUAUGGAGCUUAGGCUGUGUCACACAAAAUAUACACAGCGUACGUGCGUUUAUAAAAUUCAGCUAUUCUUACAUGUUAAAGUCGAUACGAACUCACCGAUAACCCUUAAUUUCAUGAUUGCCCGAUGUUUCAGAUAUUUAGCGCCAUUAUCUUUAAAACAAAAUAUUUUAGGAAACACCUACUUUUUAACAAUAAUAAAGCGUUACAACAUAAUGGUGUUCUGGCAGACCAGUCGUAUAGUUGUACCGUCGACCCCUAAAAGGUAAGGGCGAUAUUACGAUAACACGGUCCAACAAGACCACAACAGGAUAUGAUAGCACGAUAAUGCAAUGCUAAAGUAAGAUAACACGAUGCAACAGCACAAUAACACGAUGCGAUAGCACAGUGCGAUGCGACAAGACGACUUAAUAUCGCAUUAUCAUAUCGUGUUGUCAAGUCCUGUUGUCUUGUUGUAUCAAAUCGCCAAAUAACUGUACUAUCAAAUCGUGUUGUCAUGCUGUAGCGAUCGAAUAUCGCACAAUAGUAUCGUGUUGUCGUGGUCGACAGUACGACGGUACGACAUUAUAUAUCGCAACAGCAGAGCGUUGUGGUGUAGUUCAUUAAUUCCGAAUACGACGGUACGAUAUAAUAGCCUUACUAAUCUGGUUAGACAUAUGCUGUUACAAUAACAUAGCAGAUAAAGUUUGGUUACAAAGCUUAAAAUACAAUUGUAUAUUAUAGCAGUAACAGCAACGUUACGACUGAUAGAGUGAUAUUUGAAUUUAUACAGAUCGUAGACGAACAUGUAUGUUAAGUCCGAGUCUGCAAACUGUAGAUCAACAUUCAAAACUGUUCAGGUCGUAGAUCAACAGGUGUUCAUUUGUUCUUUA